UGCUUUUGAUCAAAGUGCCAACAGUAUGCCUAAACAAGUGGAGGUGAGGAUGCACGAGAGCCACCUGGAGCCCAUCGAGGCCAGGCCCCAGUCCAAAUGUGCUCUACUAUGUUCCAAGAUGGCCAAGAACCUUCUGCUCACACUCACAGUGCUCGGUGUGAUCUUGGGAGCUGUAUCAGGGAUGUUGCUCCGAGUGGCCUCUCCCAUUCACCCGGACAUCAUCAUGGUGAUCGCGUUUCCUGGAGACAUCCUCAUGAGGAUGCUCAAGAUGUUGAUCCUGCCCCUCAUCAUUUCUAGUUUAAUCACAGGUCUGGCUGGUCUGGAUGCCAAAUCUAGUGGUCGCCUUGGCACAAGAGCCAUGGUGUACUACAUGAGCACCACUAUCAUUGCUGCUAUCCUGGGUGUCAUCCUGGUGCUGGUGAUCCACCCUGGAGACCCCAAGCUCAAGGAGAACCUGGGAGAGGGAACCAUCAACGAUGACGUGUCCAGUCUGGAUGCUGCCUUCGAUCUCAUCAGAAACCUGUUCCCUGAAAAUCUUGUGCAAGCUUGUUUCCAACAGAUCCAAACAGUCACCAAGAAGAUCGAAAUUGAGCCAGAGGUAAUCAACGUCACCACGAUGGACGGACUGGUGGCCAAUGUCACCAAAGAACCUCAGUACAUCAUCAAAAAGUCUCUACAGUUCAAGAGUGGAAUGAACGUUCUAGGGCUGAUUGGUUUCUUUAUUGCAUUUGGCAUCUGCAUGGGCAAGAUGGGCGAGAGGGCCAGACUCAUGAUUGACUUCUUCAACAUCCUCAAUGAGAUUGUGAUGAAACUUGUCAUCAUGAUCAUGUGGUACUCCCCAUUUGGUAUUGCCUGUCUGAUCUGUGGUAAGAUCAUCUCUAUUAAAGACUUGGAGGUGGUAGCCAGACAGCUGGGCAUGUACAUGAUCACUGUCAUCAUUGGACUCAUCAUCCACGGAGCCAUCUUCCUCCCCAGCAUCUACUUCGUCAUUGUCAGGAAAAACCCCUUCACCUUUUUCUUGGGAAUUUUCCAAGCCUGGAUCACUGCUCUGGGCACAGCUUCCAGUGCUGGUACGCUACCUGUGACCUUCCGUUGCCUGGAGGAGAACUUGGGCAUUGACAAAAGAGUCACCCGUUUCGUGCUGCCCGUGGGUGCUACCAUCAACAUGGACGGCACUGCUCUGUAUGAAGCUGUGGCGGCCAUCUUUAUUGCUCAGAUGAAUGGAGUUCAUCUGGACCCCGGUCAGAUUGUAACUGUCAGUCUGACAGCUACGUUGGCCAGUGUGGGAGCGGCCAGUAUCCCCAGUGCCGGUCUGGUGACUAUGCUGCUGAUUCUGACCGCUGUGGGGCUGCCAACUCAGGACAUCAGUCUCCUCGUGGCGGUCGACUGGCUGCUGGAUCGGUUCAGGACUUCGGUGAAUGUGGUGGGAGAUUCGUACGGUGCAGGCAUCGUGUACCACAUGUCCAAGGCCGAGCUGGAGGAGCUGGAUGCACACGCAGCCAAAUCGGAUGACAUCGAGAUGAUGACAAAGACCCAGUCCUACUACGACGACAUGAAGAACCAUCACGAAAACAAUUCCAACCAGUGCGUCUUAACCGCUACCACUAGCACAACUGCACAAUCUUCUGCUGCUAACAAUUCUAUCGUAGUAGAUGAAUGCAAGGUAACCUCGGCCACAAACGGCUCUGCUGCGGAGUGUACGAUCGUGGAGGAGGAACCAUGGAAACAGGAAUAA